UUUUUUACAGGAACUGAAAAUACAUCUCUUGACUCGUAUGGAUUUGGAAUAAGUGAAACACUUCAAGAAAGCCUAACUGCAUUGUACGCUCUAACAUUCAUUACUGCUUUGCUUGGUAACAUACUCCUCAUAUACAUCAUAAGGCAGCGACGUCCUCUAACUCCAAUGUCCAUACUGAUUGUCAAUAUGGCAGCAUCAGAUCUUCUUACAGCCUUAUUCACAAUGCCAUACUCUGUUGCGUUUCUAUAUGUGCAGACCCACUGGUUUGGUGGCAUCGCCGGCAAAAUUACUUGCAAGCUACUGCACUUUGUCAUUGGCUCAACAAUCGCUUCUUCUAUAUUUGCUUUAUUAGCAAUUUCUGGUGAACGAUAUAUCGCAGUUGUAAAGCCCCUCUGGUACCCGGCAUUUACAAGGAGGCCCAUCUUGCUAUCAGUUUCAAUAUGGCUUUCGUCUGUCUUAUUCAUGUGCGCAUUUCUCUUCGUUUACGUGCAGACCGACAUCAAUGGACCUCAUUGCUAUGCAGAAUGGGAAGCCGUUUUUAACAAUGCGAAUCUGAGUCCGAGAAUAUUCUAUUCCACAGUUGCUGUUACGCUUUAUAUUUUACCUCUUACCGCCAUUGCUAUCUCGUCGGCGAUCAUUAUGAGGAAGUUGAAAGACCAGAAAAUACCUUUUUGUGCAUUUCACCAUACAACAAGAGAGGCGAAGUUUAAAAAACGAAAUCGCUACAUUAUGCGGUUGCUUUUGGCCAUCGUUAUACUUUUUGCAGUUUGUUGGCUUCCUGUUCAUUUGUUACACUUUUUAAUAUUUUUCUAUGAAGACAUUUACUUGGCAUUGCCACAGUCUGUUCCAUUGCUCUUAUUUUGGGUCUCACACGCCAACAGUGCACUCAAUCCCUGCGUGGUAAUCCUUCUAAAUGGUUCGUUUCGCAAGACGUUAAUGGAUUUGAUUAGAAGUCUAAGCUGUCGCCUACGCUUCAAGUCAAACCGCGUGAAUUGCGUAAGUUAUGAGUUUUUCCAGCCAUUUGAUACAAGACUAAGACAAAGAUGUACUGUUGAUGCAUCAGUACAGUGGAAUAAACAUCCUCGUUCUUCUCCAGUCAUUCUCUUCGAUAUCAAAACAAUCCCACAAGAGAGUUAG